CACAAAACCAUUUACACUUGACUCAUCUCUGUCUGUUGCAGUAAAUAACUCAACCUUCUACUAUUGCUCUGCAUCUCUUUCCCUCUUUGUCAAAUUCUUCCACUCAGCAGGUCUCUGUGCCAAUGGAUGCUAAGUCGGCUGUAGAAUUAAUGGAGUCUUCUAACGAGGUUCAUUUUUCUGGAUUUCACAUGGAGGGUUUUGAGCAAAGAAAGGACAGCAUAGAACAACCAACAACCUCUGAAACUGACAUGUAUAAAGAACCUUUUGUCAUAGGUGUUGCUGGGGGUGCAGCAUCUGGCAAGACAGCAGUUUGUGAUAUGAUCAUUCAACAGCUUCAUGAUCAACGAGUUGUACUUGUUAAUCAGGAUUCCUUUUACAAUAGCUUAUCUGAGGAGGAACUUACAAGAGUACAGGAUUACAACUUUGACCACCCUGAUGCUUUUGAUAAUGAGCAAUUGCUUCGCGUUAUGGACAAGUUGAAGCAUGGUGAAGCAGUAGAUAUUCCGAAGUACGAUUUUAAGACUUACAAGAGCGAUGUGUUAAGAAGGGUGAACCCUUCAGAUGUCAUAAUUCUAGAAGGCAUCCUUGUUUUCCAUGAUCCACGUGUUCGGGAGUUGAUGAAUAUGAAGAUAUUUGUUGAUACAGAUGCUGAUGUUCGAUUGGCAAGAAGGAUUAGGCGUGAUACUAAUGAGAAGGGUCGGGAUAUUGGAGCAGUUCUUGAUCAGUAUUCAAAAUUUGUGAAGCCAGCUUUUGAUGACUUUAUUCUUCCAACAAAGAAGUAUGCUGAUAUAAUUAUACCCCGUGGAGGAGAUAAUCAUGUGGCCAUUGAUUUGAUUGUACAGCAUAUCCGCACAAAGCUAGGUCAGCAUGACCUAUGUAAAAUAUAUCCGAAUUUAUAUGUCAUUCAAUCAACUUUUCAGAUAAGGGGUAUGCAUACGCUGAUACGUGAUGCUCAAACAACAAAGCAUGAUUUUGUAUUUUACUCUGAUCGGUUGAUUCGAUUGGUUGUUGAACAUGGUUUGGGGCAUCUGCCAUUUACAGAAAAACAAGUAGUCACUCCCACCGGCUCAGUAUACACUGGUGUUGAUUUUUGUAAAAGGUUGUGUGGUGUCUCUGUUAUCAGAAGUGGGGAGAGCAUGGAGAAUGCUUUGAGAGCAUGCUGCAAAGGUAUCAAGAUUGGUAAAAUUCUAAUUCACAGGGAAGGUGACAAUGGUCAGCAGCUAAUAUAUGAAAAGUUGCCAAAUGAUAUCUCAGACAGGCAUGUGUUACUGUUGGACCCUAUACUUGGCACAGGUAAUUCGGCUGUUCAAGCAAUUUCUUUACUCAUAAGAAAAGGUGUACCUGAAUCCAACAUUAUAUUUCUUAAUCUCAUAUCUGCUCCUAAAGGUGUGCAUGUUGUAUGCAAAAGUUUUCCAAGAAUAAAGAUAGUAACAUCUGAGAUUGAAAUCGGUUUGAAUGAAGAUUUCCGUGUCAUACCUGGCAUGGGGGAGUUUGGAGAUAGGUACUUUGGAACAGAUGAUGAUGAUGAUGAGCAGAUGGUGGUUUCUUCACAGUAGUUAUAGUUUGGCAAAAUCCAUGAUAAAUUUUGGUUACUGGUUGUUGGUCUUCUAGAAAGGUGAUUGAGAUUUGGUUUAUGAUUAUAGUGCUGGGAUCUGAAUUUUAGUUCUAAAUCAAUUUUGACACUGUUGGUCCUUAUUAAAUCACCCAUAUAUUAUAGUCCUUGUGCUUAUUCAAGUUUAUGAAAAUUUUUAUAAAUUUUUAUGAAAAAUUCAAGUUUAUAAUA